AUGAAGGCGCCGCCGGGCCUGUGCGCGGCGUGCUGCAAGAAGGUGGGGCUCACGGGGUUCGUGUGCCGAUGCGGGAAGACGUUCUGCGGGAGCCACCGGUACGCGGAGGAUCACGGCUGCAGCUUCGACUUCAAGGGCGCCAGCCGUGACGCCAUCGCCCGCGCCAACCCGGUCAUCAAGGCGGAGAAGUUGACUGGCAAGAUCUGA